CGGGAGGAGGACGAGCACCGCGUCCUGUGUUCAUGCAGCUCCUCAGUUUGACUCCGCCGGAGUGAAACCCAGGACAUCAUGCAGGCUGAGGAGGAGAUGUAACUUUUCGCGCUUCACGUAUCUGCACCGAUUGUCUGUAACGCGGCUGUGAGAGCGUGAGAUUCUUGAACCCGUUGGCAAGGUAAGGAUCUUUCCAGACUGACGCCAGAGCCAUGAUGCUCAGUCCGGACCCGCCCGGCUCCGACCCUCCCUGGGCUCAGACACACUCAGAGACCCUCCUGGACUCUCAGCCCGCGCGCUCCGUGCACGUGGCCGGCCUCAGCAGGGAGGAGAAGCGGCGGAGGAGACGCGCGACGGCCAAAUAUCGAUCCGCGCACGCCACCAGGGAGCGGGUGCGCGUGGUGGCCUUCAACAUGGCCUUUGCGGAGCUGAGGAAGCUGCUGCCGACCCUCCCGCCGGACAAGAAGCUGUCCAAGAUCGAGAUCCUGCGGCUCGCCAUUUGUUACAUCUCAUACCUGCACCACGUGCUGGAUGUUUAGGCCAGGUGGAGGCAGGAGGACUGUGUGUUAACCAGCCGCGACACAUGAAUGAUUUCUGGGGAUUGAUGCCGCAAGACUGGAGGAACACCCUGAUGCAGACACUCAGACACUGCUGAACAUGAUCAUGGGAACAUCGCACUGACUUUUCAUCAUGGGAAACAGUUUAUUCUUACUGCCAUCACAGGGAUGAAAAGAAGUAUGGACACACACAGCGUACAUGCUGCUGUAUAUUACUACUAAAACGUUCCUGUGCUUGAUCUUAAAUGUGCUGCCUAUCUGUUGUGACUUAGUUUCCUGUUUGCACCAAUUUGUAAAUAUAUUUAUUUCAGUCACACGAAAAAUAGACUACCAGAGAGUCGCAAUGUGGGAUUCAGUUUCAGCUGACAAUAAGAUAUGUUGUGAAUACAAUAGGGAUGGGUGCUGUUUUGAUCCUGGUUAUCUUCUUAUCAUCUCUGAACCUACAAGGUUUCUUUCCUCUUCUAGGCCUUACUGGAUUUCAUCUUAAAGGAGACAUGGUACACAUUAUCAGGUUCAUAACUUAAUUUUGGGUUACUAAUAGGUUUACAUGCUUUAGUGCUCAAUAAACUCAUCAGUUUCCUGUACUUGUCCCCCACUGUAUUCCCCCUCUGUCUGAGACACUCUGUUUUAGCUCCUGUCUCUUUAAGGCCGGCACUUCUCCAGAAUACCCGGUCUGCUCUGAUUGGUCAGCUCACACACACCUGAGCCAGCAACGCUAACAACAGCAGAGCAGCUGUGCUAAAUCAAGUAUUUCCAAUCAAAUUAGCGGCUAUACAUAAUUUAAGCCUGUGACUCUGGGUAGUAAUGUGAUGUCCCUAAAAGCGGGACCACUGACGAGGCGUUUCAGGAGCUGUGUUCUCUGUGGGAGAGAGGAGCUUCUGUUGGUGUGGACUUUGACCUUUUUGACUUUCAAGAUCUUUUACAUGCACAAUAGCUUGUGUAACACACUGAAGGAAAGGAACAAAAUGAAAAUGCAUAGUCGGUGUCUUUUCAACCUGUGUCAUCUGGAAGCAUUGUGCAGCUACACUCAAAAAAAUCAUUUGUUCGCAGAACGUAAUAAAAUUAUGGAAAUAAUUUCCACCUAAACAAAAUGCUUUAAUUUAGCCAGAAACAAUUUUGUCGAGUGACCUAAAUAUAAAUAUGUUGGAUCAACAUGAUGCAUUUGUGUUACUAUGACUUAAUUACUAGGAUUAUGUCCAACUAGAUUUGCAAGGGUAAAUGUUACAUACUAACAUAUUUUUGUUGGGCCAUUUAAACUAGUAUGAUAUAAUUACGAGUUACUUAAUUUAAAUGGGUAGUUGCAACCAUUAUUUUAAAUACAGUUACAUUAAUUAAUUGUGCUGAGUCAACAAAACCAUAAUUAUUAAUAAAAUAAAUAAUUUAACAGUAUUUUUAUAUUCCACAAUUUAUACAAAUGUCAACCUAUUUUCCCCAAGCUGGUGUCAAGUUUUGGAAAAGAAAAACACGAAGCAAACUGGAUUUGUUGGAAUAACACUUUACCAGAAAUGGCAAAACUCACUUUCAAGCAAUUGGCUGAAAACAUGUUGCUGUGAAAAUACAAACAAUUUCAAAUUUCAAGUGUAAACCACUUAAACAACCAGUAUUAGGUGUCUAUAUUUGGAGCUUUCUGAUGACCAAAAAACAAAUCAAAGCUGGUUAUGAAGCUAUAUGCAGAAUACGGUCCUGGCAACUGUGUGCAAAGAAAAAUGUUAAAUACAGCAUUGUGCAUCAUCUCAAGUUUCAAAAGAAAACUUUGUUGUUUGACAACUUUUUUUUUCCUUCCCUUGUUUAAAGAAACACUUCUAAACAUUAUUCUCCUCUAAC